AUGUAUCACAGACACAUCUCUAGGUCGUCCCUCCACCCCAGCUCCGCCACGUCGACCCUCCGCCGCUUCGGCCCUCCGUCUACAGCUACGCCGUUCGUCCCUCCGCCUACAGCUCCACAUCCUUGGCCCUACCCCCUGCUCACCCCGUUACUUUCUGAUUUGGAACUUGUAAUCAUGAGUGGAUUACAGACACAAGACUUCCCUUCUACAUUAAGAUUAACAAAAGCACCAAAAGAUGUAAUGGCAGAACCUGAAUCAAAGCCAAAGAAGAAAAUCUGUUGUGCUUGCCCUGACACUAAGAAACUCAGGGAUGAAUGUGUUGUUGAGCAUGGUGAAUCAGCUUGCUCAAAAUGGAUUGAAGCUCAUCGAUUGUGCCUUCGUUCUGAAGGCUUCAAUGUAUGAAUUCAAAUCAGAGAUUUCAAAUAGAAGGAGACAAAUCCAGAAUAAAUAAUUUUUUGUUGAUUACGUUAUUGAGUUACAAAGGUCGAUCCUUUUUUUGAUAUGUUUUGUUGUUUUGCACACUAUUGAUUAAAUCUUAAUAAUAAACACUGAGUAAUUGUUCUCAUUUAACCAUGAAUCAUGUACACAUAACCAUGGAGUUUUAUUGGAUCAUAGACCAAC